AUGGGAGUCUGGGGGCCCCUUCUCCCCCCCGGGUGUGGUAAUCCUCCCCUUCUCCCUCUCCUCCCCCCCUCCCCCCCCCCUCCUCCCCCUCCCCUCCCCCUGAGCCCUGGGACCGGAAGACUUUGUAAAAGUCCAGAGGAGAACCUCCUGAUUCUCCUCCUGGUUCUCCUCCUGGUUCUCCUCCUGGUUCUCCUACUGGUUCUCCCCCUGGUUCUCCUCCUGGUUCUCCUACUGGUUCUCCUCCUGGUUCUCCUCCUGGUUCUCCUCCUGGUUCUCCUCCUGGUUCUCCUCCUGGUUCUCCCCCUGGUUCUCCCCCUGGUUCUCCCCCUGGUUCUCCCUCUGGUUCUCCCUCUGGUUCUCCCUCUGGUUCUCCUCCUGGUUCUCCUCCUGGUUCUCCCCCUGGUUCUCCUCCUGGUUCUUCCCCUGGUUCUCCCCCUGGUUCUCCCCCUGGUUCUCCCCCUGGUUCUCCUCCUGGUUCUCCCCCUGGUUUUCCUCCUGGUUCUCCCCCUGGUUCUCCCCCUGGUUCUCCCACUGGUUCUCCUCCUGGUUCUCCUCCUGGUUCUCCUCCUGGUUCUCCCCCUGGUUCUCCCCCUGGUUCUCCCCCUGGUUCUCCCCCUGGUUCUCCUCCUGGUUCUCCCCCUGGUUCUCCCCCUGGUUCUCCUACUGGUUCUCCUACUGGUUCUCCUCCUGGUUCUCCUCCUGGUUCUCCCCCUGGUUCUCCCCCUGGUUCUCCCUCUGGUUCUCCCUCUGGUUCUCCUCCUGGUUCUCCUCCUGGUUCUCCUCCUGGUUCUCCUCCUGGUUCUCCCCCUGGUUCUCCCCCUGGUUCUCCCCCUGGUUCUCCCCCUGGUUCUCCCCCUGGUUCUCCUCCUGGUUCUCCUCCUGGUUCUCCUCCUGGUUCUCCCCCCCGGUUCUCCCCCUGGUUCUCCCCCUGGUUCUCCCCCUGGUUCUCCUACUGGUUCUCCUCCUGGUUCUCCUCCUGGUUCUCCCCCUGGUUCUCCCCCUGGUUCUCCCUCUGGUUCUCCCCCUGGUUCUCCCCCUGGUUCUCCCUCUGGUUCUCCCUCUGGUUCUCCUCCUGGUUCUCCCCCUGGUUCUCCCCCUGGUUCUCCCCCUGGUUCUCCCCCUGGUUCUUCUCCUGGUUCUCUCCCCCUGGUUCUCCCCCUGGUUCUCCCCCUGGUUCUCCUCCUGGUUCUCCUCCUGGUUCUCCUCCUGGUUCUCCCCCUGGUUCUCCCCCUGGUUCUCCUCCUGGUUCUCCUUCUGGUUCUCCUCCUGGUUCUCCUUCUGGUUCUCCCCCUGGUUCUCCUCCUGUCCUGCGGCGGAGGAAGAGGAAGAGGAAGAGGAGGGAGAGGAGGAAAAGGUUGGAGAGGAGGGAGAGGAAGAGGAAGAGGGAGAGGAGGGAGAGGAGGAAGAGGAAGAAGGAGAGGAGGGGAGAGGAGGAAGAGGAGGGACAGGAGGAAGAGGAGGGAGAGGAGGGAGAGGACGAAGAGAGGGAGAGGAGGGAGAGGACGAAGAGGAGGGAGAGGUGGAGAGGAGGGAGAGGAGGGAGAGGAAGAGGGAGAGCAGGGAGAGGAGGGAGAGGAGGGACAGGAGGAAGAGGAGGGAGAGGAGGGAGAGGAAGAGGAGGGAGAGGUGGAAGAGGAGGGAGAGGAGGAAGAGGAGGGAGAGGACGAAGAGGAGGGAGAGGACGAAGAGGAGGGAGAGGACGAAGAGGAGGGAGAGGACGAAGAGGAGGGAGAGGUGGAAGAGGAGGGAGAGGAGGGAGAGGAGGAAGAGGAGGGAGAGGAGGAAGAGGAGGGAGAGGACGAAGAGGAGGGAGAGGACGAAGAGGAGGGAGAGGUGGAAGAGGAGGGAGAGGAGGAAGAGGAGGGAGAGGACGAAGAGGAGGGAGAGGAGGAAGAGGAGGGAGAGGAGGAAGAGGAGGGAGAGGACGAAGAGGAGGGAGAGGACGAAGAGGAGGGAGAGGAGGAAGAGGAGGGAGAGGAGGAAGAGGAGGGAGAGGACGAAGAGGAGGGAGAGGACGAAGAGGAGGAGAGGUGGAAGAGGAGGGAGAGGAGGAAGAGGGAGAGGGAGAGGAGGAAGAGGAGGGAGAGGAGGGAGAGAAGGAGGAGGAAGAGGAGGGAGGAGGGAGAGGAGGAAGAGAGGGAGAAGGAAGAGAGGGAGAGGAGGGAGAGGAGGAAGAGGAGGGAGAGGAGGGAGAAGAGGGAGAGAAGGAGGAGGAAGAGGAAGGAGGAGGAGGAAGAGGAGGGAGAAGAGAGAGAGGAGGCAGAGGAGGGAGCGGAAGAAGAGGAGGGAGAAGAGGAAGAGGAGGGAGAAGAGGGAGUAGGAGGAAGAGGAGGGAGAAGAGGGAGAGGAGGAAGAGGAAGGAGAAGAGGGAGAGAAGGAGGAGGAGAAGAGGAGGGAGAGGAGGAAGAAGAGGAAGAGGAGGGAGAGGAGGGAGUAGAGGAAGAGGAGGGAGAAGAGGGAGUGGAGGAAGAGGAGGGAGAAGAGGGAGAGAAGGAGGAGGAAGAGGAGGGAGAAGAGGGAGACGAGGAAGAAGAGGGAGAAGAGGGAGAAGAGGAAGAAGAGGGAGAAGAGGGAGACGAGGAAGAAGAGGGAGAAGAGGGAGACGAGGGAGACGAGGGAGAAGAGGAAGAAGAGGAAGAAGAGGGAGAAGGAGAAGAGGGAGAAGAGGGAGAAGAGAAAGAGGAGGGAGAAGAGGGAGAAGAGGAAGAGGAGGGAGAGAAGGAGGAGGAAGAGGAGAGGAGGAAGAGGAGUGAGAGGAGGGAGAGGAGGGAGAAGAGGAAGAAGAGGGAGAAGAGGGAGAAGAGGGAGAAGAGGAAGAGGAGGGAGAGAAGGAGGAGGAAGAGGAGUGAGAGGAGGGAGAGGAAGAGGAGUGAGAGGAGGGAGAGGAGGGAGAGGAGGGAGAGGAGGAAGAGGAGGGAGAAGAGGGAGAAGAGGAAGAGGAGGGAGAGAAGGAGGAGGAAGAGGAGUGAGAGGAGGGAGAGGAGGGAGAGGAGGAAGAGGAGGGAGAGGAGGGAGAAGAGGAAGAGGAGGGAGAGGAGGGAGAGGAGGAAGAGGAGGGAGAGUUUGGAAGAGUUUGGAUCUGAGAACAUAGUCUUGAGAAUGUACACGCGAGUCCCGGCCGGGUGCAGAGGUGCGUCCCCCGCGGAGCCUCCAUCUCCCUAUCCCCCGAAAACACUCCUCUCCCGGUGGGGGCUGGAAGCAGGCAAGGACUCGCUGCCUCUGGGUCUCCAAAUUACGGGUCUCCACUACCGCGAGAAAGCCGGGGAUAAUCUCAUUGUGACGCGAUGUGAUGUCGGGGUGUAG